AUGUUUAUACAACUCAUACUGGAAAUAUAUAUAUGCACUUCCAUGCCGAGUUACACCACGGCUACCAAAUGCGAAGGGGUUUACAAAGGCUGUUGUACAGGUUCUUCGUGGAACACAGAGACACAACGGUGUGAACGUUGUAUGCCAGGCUACAAUGGAAUAAAUUGUACAUCGUUGUGUCCUUAUCCCCUUUAUGGUGAAGACUGUCAAAGAUUAUGCAACUGUACCAAAGACAUGUGUAAUGUUUCUACUGGAUGUAUUGGUCCAACUACAGCUUCAGAAGGAUGCAGCCCUGGAUACUUUGGAAAAAACUGCCGCGCCAAAUGCGUGUAUCCAUAUUUCGGGAAAGAUUGCCGGGAACGAUGUGAUUGUGACGAAAACUUGUGUGAUGUUUCUACGGGAUGUUUUGCGGACACAACAGUGCCAUCGGAUUGUAAUCCUGGGUACUUUGGAAAGAACUGUAGGGGAAAAUGUUCAUAUCCUUACUAUGGCGAAGAAUGUCAAGGUCAAUGUAACUGUGACAAAGAGAGAUGUGAUGUUUCUAUAGGAUGUACCAAUGUCAGAAAAGGUAUAGCAUCUUAUAUCAAUUCAAUAUUUCAGAGAAUUAUCGGACAAUUAUUUUUUUUUUGA